UUAUGGCACAUAUUCAUGGUGGUGUUCAAUAUGAUGCCUUUAUCAGCUAUUGUCGGCGAUAGAGUAUUAUGCAUGCAUGGUGGUUUAUCACCACAUCUUAAUGAUAUUACAAUGCUUGAAAAUAUUCCUCGACCUAGUAUUGUACCACCAUAUGGACUAAUGUGUGAUACAUUAUGGUCUGAUCCAGAUGAUCGAUAUCCAGGUUGGGCACUUAGCGCACGUGGUAUAUCAUUUACAUUUAGUAGUAAAGUAAUAAAGGAAUUCUGUAAAACGAACAAUAUCGAUUUGAUCGUUCGAGGACAUCAACUUACAGCAGAUAUGUUCAGAGGAGGAUACAAAUAUUUUGCUGGUGGACGUUUGGUAACAAUAUUUUCAGCUCCAAAUUAUUUAAAUAUGAAAAAUGAUUCAUGCGUUUUGCACAUUUCACGGAAGUUUAAAUGCCAUUUUACGGUAUUUCGACCAAUAUUCCCUGGUCCUACUGAAGUGCAAAAUGGUAAAGAUGAAGAGACACGAGCAGCACUAAUUGAUGGAUCUUGA